AAAUAGUAGCGCCUAAAGAUUUAAAGUUGGUUGCGAAGACAGCGCCCUAUGAAACCGGCUUGAAGCUUAAAAGGUUCUAUUUGAAGCAAAACAAUUAACUUACCAAGAGGUUUUUAUUUUAUCACACUUACUAACUUUAAUCUGUUUAAUCAAUCGGGCUUCAAUGAAUCAUCCCUGUACUUCAUUGCUUAUCUCAACUUUAUGAGGAUUUCUUACUGGUCAAACCGGUGAUUAACUUUCUACUUUCGAUCUAUAAUACAUCAGACAUUUAAAAGCCUCUCUUUUAAGGACGUUUACAUUAUUUUUAAGCUGGAGAGCGAACCAAACAAACAAUAACUUCAACUAUAAACAUUUGUAAUAUUACUCAACGCUUCUAAAGAAUCAACACAACUGAGCUUAAAUUGGUAAAUCGGUAAAUUUAUUCAUCGGUUUAGUUGGUAAAUCCGCUUAAUUUCAAAAAUCUAUCAGUCAUUGGCUCAUCUCUCCUGUGAUACAUUGACAUCAACCUUUUUACACCAUUUUUAGUUCCUAUGCUUUUCGGAUCAUCUGUUUCUGUUAAUUUUUAAUUUCUCUUUGGUAUGUCGACGAUUUUAAUCGUCAAUUAGAAUAGACUUUUUUGUGAAAGACAUGGAAAACAAUUGCUAUGAUCUUGAUACUCGAAAAUUGCUCUCAUUGGAGGGUCAAAAAUGGUCUCUCAUUGAUUUUGGGAUUGACGAGGAUUCCUCCUCAAAUGAUAUUGAAGACAGUAAAAGCGAUUCAUCUUCUACAAUAAUACCAACCACAAAUGGGAUUAAUUACAGUUCGUUUGGAGUUAGUGAUACCAUGAAACUGAAAGAAGAAGACAUGUAUUUAUUUGGACUUUGCCCAGCCUAUGAUCCUUUCUUCCUGGCAGUUUGUGAAUAUUGCGGUCAAGUGAUUAAACCGCAAGCCUUGGCAAAGCAUAUCGAAUUAAGACAUAGGUUCUCUAUAGAUUCCAAUAAUGGUAAAACUGUAAACUCAACAAAUGACCUAUUGGAAGACGGAUAUAAUGCUCAAUCCUCAGUUUUACUUACUGGUAAUAAAAGUAUUUCUAACAGGGUAGGCUCGAAUGGUGAUGCUAAUCGACUCGGUGAUAGUAUAAAUUCCUUAGCGGGUAGAUCAUCCUUAUUUUCUAGUGAUAACAAAAGUGAUAGUAUUAAAAAUAUACUAUUAGAAGCAAUACCGUCAGGACCUGGGCCUGGAUCAUCAUCAUCUUCACCUCUUUCCUUUGGUCAGCCCAAUAACAACAUCAACCCAAUUAACAAUAGUAUUGUUGCUCACUUGAAGUCCUCAGUAUCUUUACCCAAUCAAAGUGGAACCAAUUCCCCAUUCAAUAACAUAGCUGCAUUAGGUUCAAAUUCAUCAGCUGCUUCAUCUCCUAAUUCGUCCAACUCGUCCCAAACACAGGGUUCUGGUAAUUUAUUAAACAACAAUCGAUACUCUUCACAACAAUCAAGUUCUAACAAGACUGACACAGGAGCUAUGGGACCCGUUAUUGGUAACACUAUCGGAAAUAACAAAUCUAAGUCCACUAACAAUACCUUGCCUAAGAAGGCAUCCAUACGAGGCAAGCUAUUGCCUUGUAAAGACCGUGAAUAUGACCCGGAUAAACAUUGUGGUGUGAAAAUUGGUGAUAUGGACAAACCGUGUACUCGAAGUUUAACAUGCAAAACACAUUCUUUAACUCUUCGAAGAUCUGUUUUGGAUAGAUCCAAGAAUUUCGACGACCUUUUGGCUGAACACAGAGCUUCAAAAGAAGCACUCCUAAGAGCUGCAGGAAUCGAGGUGAAACCAACAAAACAACAAUUAAAGCAAAGAGAGCUUGAGGCGAAACGUCAACUGAUACAACAACAACAGCAGCAGCAGCAACAACAACAGCAACAGAAACAACAGAAACAGCAACAACAACAGUUGAAGCAGCAGAAAAAUCAGCCACCAUUAGCACAGCAAAAGGUUGACCAGCAGAACUCACAUAUAAAUCAACAUCAUCUUCGUAAUCAUCCUCAGGAACUGUUUAUGCCAGCUCCAGCGACUCUACAAUCCAAGGAGUUCAAACCAAUUGGAUCGCCUUCUAAUCAAAAUUUAAUAGCUGAAAAAAAGAAAAACUCAACUGUUCCUAAUCGACAAUUGAACGAAAGUGUCGAAUGUAAAUCAGAACCUAAAAGCUCAAUACCAUCAACAUCAACACCACCAACACUACCAGCAACUUAUUCAAAUCAUUCGGAGAAAACAAAUUUCAUUGAGGCCGAUGGUUGCCUUUAUUUGCCUAAUCCUCCUAAACCUAUGGCCUUGUGUAACUUUAAUGCUCGCCAGAUAUCCAUUGAACCUCUCAACUGUGAUCAGGAUGAUAGUCCUUGUAACCUUUCAUCGCGUCUCUUUAACCGUAAAAGAGACUUAACUUAUUCUGCACUGACGAUUUUUAGGACUCAAUCAAAGACCGAUGGUAGACCCAACAAUCAAAAACUCUUAUCUCUACUGAAUGCAAACUAACUGUGUUUUGUUUUUUCUUUUCUUUUUUGUUUACUUGUAUGUGUGUAAAUGAUAUGUACAUACAAUUAUUUAUGUGUGCAUUGUAGCCAAUUUUUCUCACUCUCCUUUUGAUUAUCGUCUACUGUAUGUGUUAAUCAACUCUUUCGUUUUGUAAAAUCAAGGUUGAAACCUUUUGUAAAACUUUCAAGUCACAACAGAAUCGAUAUUUAUGAACUUUUUCAAUAACAAUAGCUGUCAAGCAAUUGAAAAUUUUUGUUUA